AUAAAUUCUUGCUAAAAAUUAUAGAAGGAAAGAGGUCAAUUUUAAGGAAGAAAACGGAAAGUGAGGGCAGCUUGAGAGAGCAAGCAUCAGCAAUCCAACAGCUCCAAAUUUCCGAAUCUUAGACUGAUGAUGAAGGAUAGAAAUAGAAGAAGAAGAAGGUGAUCGGAAUAUGGCGGAGCUGACGUGCUUCGAUUGUCUACAACGCCGAAUUCAGUCGGAUUUUUCCGACAGACUUGUCUUCUCUUAUGGCCUCUCCGACUCCGCUCUCCCUCUCGCCUCCACUGCGGUUGUUCGGAUGUCUAAUACUAUUGGGGAAGCUUCAGCUCUUCAGUUUCUGUUGGCCUAUCUACCCAGUCAUAACCACUGUUGCUUGGCUAACUAUGUUAAUGAAUAUAUUUCGAAGCUGGAAGAUGUGGAAGGCUGUGAAACGACUGAGGAUCAAGCAGAGGUUAGCCAUAAAAAUGCUUCAUUGAAUUAUUCUGAUCGCUUAUCAAAUGGUAUUCAUUAUGGUAGUGGUGGGUUUUCUUGCGCAAGAACAAUCACCGCAUUGGCGCCUAUUGCCCAUGUCUCCAUUUCUUCCUACUCUACUGUUGAAGAGGUUGUUUCCAACUUUUCGUCUGGUUCUCUUGAAGACCAUGUAUUGUGUUCCCUUUGUCUCUUGAUAGAAGGGAAAGCUUCAGGUCGAGAUGGACACAACUUUCUUACUUUAGUUGGGGUGCCUUCUUUUGAGGAGACCCAUAUCCCUGGUUCCCUUAGGCACCCCAAUAUAGCUCCUGUUCUUGCUAUACUCAAGACUGAUUCUUAUGUUAACAUACUUCUUCCGAAACCUCCAUACACCUUGGAAAACAUUCUUCAUUAUAGCCCCAAUGCAUUAAGUUCUGAGUGGCGUAUAAAUUUUUUAGUGUAUCAGCUACUCUCAGCCUUAGCUUACAUGCAUGGUUUAGGGGUUGCACAUGGCAAUAUAUGCCCAUCCACUGUGAUGCUGACUGAAUCAUGGUGGACGUGGCUGAACAUUCCUGAUAAGUCUGGCUUAGGAUCCAGUUUAAGUUCAACAGGUGGUAAAUGCACCAGCCCUGCCCCGGUUAAGCUAGGUUGCGGCAUGGAGGAUUGUAGUUCUCAAGGUCUUUACGCUGACCUAAACCUUUCGACAUCUAUAGACUGGCAUUGUGGAUUUAAUCAGUGGUGGAGGGGAGAGCUCAGUAAUUUUGAGUAUCUGCUCAUCUUAAAUAGAUUAGCUGGGAGAAGGUGGGGUGACCACACAUUUCAUUCAGUAUUGCCAUGGGUGAUAGAUUUCAGCACAAAGCCCGAUGUGAAUUCUGAUGCAGGGUGGCGGGAUUUAUGCAAGAGUAAAUGGCGGUUGGCUAAAGGGGAUGAGCAGUUGGACUUCACCUAUUCAACAUCUGAAAUCCCACACCAUGUAUCUGAUGAAUGCCUUUCUGAACUGGCUGUAUGCAGUUACAAAGCAAGGAGGUUGCCUUUGAGUGUUCUGCGUAUGGCUGUCCGAUCAGUUUAUGAGCCUAAUGAGUAUCCUUCUACCAUGCAAAGACUCUAUCAAUGGACCCCUGACGAGUGCAUUCCGGAGUUUUACUGUGAUCCUCAUAUAUUUAGUUCACUAAAUUCUGGUAUGACAGAUUUAGCAGUACCUUCAUGGGCUGGUUCUCCUGAGAAUUUUAUAAAAUUGCAUCGUGAGGCUUUGGAAAGUGAUCGUGUCUCGUGCCAGCUACAUCAUUGGAUUGAUAUCACAUUUGGGUACAAGAUGUCUGGCCAGGCAGCUGUUGCUGCCAAGAAUGUUAUGCUUCCUUCAUCAGAACUCAUGAUCCCAAGGUCAGUAGGACGCCGUCAGCUCUUUACUCGUCCACACCCCAUGCGCCGAGUUUCAAUCACGAAAACAAGUAAUGGUACCAAAGAAUCGGCUGAGCAUCAAUUCAUUGAGAAUGAAGUAGGGAGUGAGUGUUCCCUCCUUUUGGAAACUGCAUAUUUACAAGCAUUAGAAGAAGCAUCUGCCUUUUCAGAACAUGCUAGGCAUUUAAAUUCUGUUUAUGGCAACCAUUCAAAGUAUUUUGUGAUGAAUAAUUCUACUGUAGAAGAGCCUCCAAAGGAGAGUUAUAGGAAAUGCAUAUCACAACCAUCUGAUCUUGGAAAACACUAUAGAGCACCAUUUCAUAUUGAUCUGAGUUAUCUUCUUGAGUCUGUUGAGGUCGGGGAUGAAGGUUCCAUGGGAUAUCAAGAGUUAAUGCUUUGGAGGCAGAAAUCAUCUUGUUCAAUGAGAUUUUCUGCAGAUAUUGCGAAUGACAUUUUCUCUGUUGGCUGUAUUAUAGCAGAACUUCAUUUGAGAAGGCCACUCUUUGAUUCAACCUCAAUGGCCAUGUACCUGGAAGGUGGCAUCUUACCUGGAUUGAUGCAGGAACUUCCACCUCAAACUAGCGUAAUUGUAGAAGCAUGCAUUGAGAAGGAUUGGAAAAGGAGGCCAUCAGCCAAAUGUCUUUUGGAAUCCCCUUAUUUUCCUGCAACAGUGAAGGCAUCAUACUUGUUUCUUGCCCCACUGCAGCUUCUAGCCAAAGAUGGAUCUCGUCUUCGGUAUGCAGCAAGUUUUGCAAUGCGAGGAGCCCUUAAGUCAAUGGGAACAUUAGCAGCUGAAAUGUGUGCUCCUUAUUGUUUAUCGCUUGUAGUGACUCCUUUGUCAGAUCUCGAAUCUGAAUGGGCUUAUACACUGUUGAAAGAAUUCAUCAAAAGUUUAAACCCAAAAGCAGUGAAGACAGUAAUAUUUCCUACCAUCCAAAAGAUUUUGCAGAUGCCAGGUUAUUCACACUUGAAGGUUUCUCUUUUACAAGACUCCUUUGUACAAGAGAUAUGGAAUCACGUUGGUAAACUUGCAUAUCUAGAAAUGCUACACCCUUUGGUCAUAUCAAACUUAAAUUCAGCUGCUCAUAAGAGUUCAGCAGCUGCUGCUUCUGUGCUGCUGAUUGGAUCCAGUGAAGAGCUUGGGGUUCCUAUUACCGUUCAUCAGACAAUCUUGCCUCUUAUUCAGUGCUUUGGGAAAGGACUCAGUACAGAUGGAAUUGAUGUGCUGAUUAGAAUUGGUGGUCUUUUAGGGGAGACCUUUAUUGUAAGGCAGAUGUUACCACUGCUAAAACAUGUUGUUUAUUCCUGUAUUGGUACUUCACAUAUGAAAAAGCCUGAGCCUGUGCAGAGCUGGAGUGCUUUAGCUGUUGUUGAUUGUUUGAUGGCAACAGAUGGCUUAGUUGUAUUCUUGCCAAAGGAGGUGGUUGUAAAACAGCUAAUUGAAAAUCAGCGUUGCCUACAUGUUUUGGUUCUUAUGCAGACGACCUUGGAGAUUGGAGUACUACAGGCUGCUGCUACCACCCUGCUGGCCAUUUGUCAGCGGAUUGGACCAGAAUUGACAGCAUUGCAUGUCCUACCGCAGCUGAAAGAACUAUUUGAUGAGCUUGCUUUCUCACAGGAAACUACUUAUGGGUCUUCUCCCUCUAGCAAUAGCUCAAGAGUUUCCAAACCCAAAAAUGAUGGCAAGGCUGUAAUUGAAAGGCGUAUAGAACUUGUGUUACUUCUGUAUCCUUCUUUUGCAUCUCUUCUUGGGAUAGAGAAGCUUCGUCAAUGUUGUGCAACAUGGUUGUUACUUGAGCAAUAUCUUCUGCGAUAUCAUAACUGGAAGUGGGAACAUACAGGAGAAUCAUCUCGAAGUGGUUCAGAAAGCACAAUCACUAAAAAGCUUAUAUUUGGCAAGGGCUCAACUCCUGAAUACCAUCCUGCUAAGAUGUUGCUUAAUGGGGUAGGAUGGUCAAUUCCACAGUCACAAGGGAGUAGAGGUGCCAAAAACUUGAUGCCUCAGAGAAAGAUUUAUGAUAUUCAUCGCAGUCCAGUUGAUAUGCAUACAGUACAAUCAAACUACAUGAAGUUUGAGCCUUGGUUUUGGUUCCCUAGUGCUGCUGCUAGCUGGGAUGGACCUGAUUUCCUUGGGCGUGUUGGGGGUCCAAAGGAUGAACAUCCAUGGAAGAUCAGAGUAUCUGUUUUAUACUCAGUCCGUGCACAUCAGGGGGCUGUAAGAUCUUUAGCCUUCUGUCAAGAUGAGUGUAUGGUUUUUACUGCUGGAGCUGGUCCAGGGUUUAAAGGAACUGUUCAGAAAUGGGAACUGACAAGAAUUAAUGCUGUCUCCAGCUACUGUGGUCAUGAGGAGGUCGUGAAUGACGUUUGUGUCCUGUCAUCUACUGGAAGAGUAGCGUCUUGUGAUGGUACAAUACAUGUAUGGAAUAGCAGAACUGGGAAACUAUUAUCUUUGUUUACUGAACCAUCAAUGGAUCCUUCAUAUCAUGCAAGUCCCCUAGCUUCUGCCUUGAAGUUUAACACUGAUGAGGCUAAUAUGCUGAAUUCCAAUACAUUGUCUGGUGGAUUGUUGAAUAAUGCAUUUGAUGGGAGCUUGUAUACUUGUAUGCAUCAGAUUGAAUUUGUUGAAAAGCUCAUUGCUGGCACUGGAAAUGGUUCUCUCAGGUUCAUUGAUGUUGCGCAAGGUCAAAAGCUUCAUUUGUGGAGGGGGGAAACCAUGGAAUCUAGUUUUCCUUCUCUUGUCUCUGCCAUGUGCUCUUGUGGGUCUGACAAAAUGCAAGCUGGUGGAGCUUCUACUUCGCCAUCUUGGAUUGCAGCUGGACUAAGCACAGGUCAUUGUAGGUUAUUUGAUGCAAGGAGUGGAAAUGUCAUCACCUCUUGGCGGGCUCAUGAUGGAUACGUGACAAAAUUGGCUGCACCCGAGGACUAUUUGCUGGUUUCAAGUUCUCUUGAUAGGACUUUACGAAUUUGGGACCUGAGAAGGAAUUUCCCACCUCAGCCCACAAUAUUCAAAGGACAUACAGAUGGUGUAUCUAGUUUCUCCAUCUGGGGCCAAGACAUCAUUUCAAUUUCCAGAAAUAAGAUUGGACUUUCUUCUUUAUCUCAAUCUUCUGAUGAAGGUGGUCAGAAUCAGGUUAUUCCUCAAAAACUGUACAUGGCAGAUCAGGGGACAAGGAACAUGUCAGUGUUAUGUAGUAUUACUAUUUUACCCUACUCAAGAUUGUUUCUUGUUGGAACAGAAGAUGGUUACCUAAGAAUAUGUUGUUAAUGACCUUCAUCCAAUUUUAGCUCUUCUGGUGGGUACGAGUUACCCCAUUUUGACAUGAGUUUGGCUUAUGUGCCUUUUUUAAAGGGCAAUUUUAUAUUUAGCUUAGGGUGUAUUUGUUUGAAGGAAUGGAAUAAACAAUGAUUAUUGAUUAAUUUUAUAUAAAUUUUAAAUUUGUGAACAGAA